AUGGUUCAACGGCUUUCAGGAAUCCAGUUAUUAUUGGCCGUACCAAUAGUCUUAGCCGAUAUAGUAGAUAAUGGAUUAGUGGGUGAGCCAGUCAUAGAAUGUGGAAGUGAAAGUCUGAAUGUACGAUUCACGACACGAUCACCGUUUGAAGGACAUAUUUACGUUAAAGGGCAUUACUGGUAA